CGAGGAGGCAGUUUUGAGGUCGAAAAUCGGCAAACAGGAGGCUGAGUACGACAAUCUGACACCGUUAAUGGCGGUCACGUGACUUCAGGAUCAGAUGUAAACAAGGAGGCGCUGGAGGUGGGGUGUUGACGGUGCUGUCCCCUGCCUGCCCCUCGCAGCGCCAUGUCCUGUGACCCCAGGAGGCAGCCAUGACUAUGAGUAGUGUGCGUGUGGACGUCCAGUGGUUGCCGGCGGCCCCUGACCACUUCCUUACCUGGGGCACCGACCUGCAGCUGUACCAGGUGCAGGAUGCCACACCCGCAGAGGCCGUCCAGCCUCCACGGCUGCGCUUGAGUCCCCACUCUGUGGCGUCUCUGCUGGCCACCAACAAUGACAUCCAGUACAUUAAGUGUGUGUCGUGGUGGCCCGGCGUGGAGGCUGACCCGGCGCAGCAGCUGCUGGCGGUUGGUCAGGCCAACGGCAAAGUGGCCCUCACCAACUUCAGCAAAGUGGCUGACCCUCGAGGCAUCAAGGGCAAGGAGUUCAUUCCCAAGACGGCCCGGCCAGUAAACUCCCUGGCCUGGUCGACGCAGGAGCAUCAGCUGCUGGCGGUCGGCCUGGAGAAGGUGCGCACAGACCACUCGGUUGUGGUGUGUGAUGUGAUGCGCCCCAGCCAGGCCGCCUCCUACACCUUCGACCAGCGGAACUCCACCUCAGGGGAUGUGCUCAAGCCUCUGGUGGAGUUUGGUAACGCUGAGACAGCGCACAGCGUGGCCUUCUCACUCCACACGCCCCGGACGCUGAUGGCCGGCAUGAACAACAAACAGAUCAAGUUAUUUGACCUUAGAGAGAAUAAAGUGAUUGCCUCCACCAACACCAAGGCUGUGUACGGGAUCUGUACAGACAUCCACAAUGAACACCGACUGGCUUCAUAUUUUGAGAGUCAGGUUUCUAUAUGGGAUCUGCGAAAUAUUGAACGCCCGGUGCUGAACCUGGACGCCAAUAAGCCUGUCACAAAGCUGGCCUGGUGCCCCUCACGGUUAGGGCUCGUGGCGUCCCUGUGCCGAGACAGCCCCUCCAUGCGGCUCUAUGACAUCAUCCAUUAUGCAGCCGGUGGGGAGGACCAGGAGCCGGCCGUCAUCACACGCUCCAUCACCCCUGACCCGGGCACCUGCAUCUCCACCUUCUCCUGGCACCCGACACAUGAAAACAGGCUCCUCAGUGCCUCGUACGCAGGGAAUCUUGUGGAUUACAGUGUGGAGGAGAGGAUCACCGUGAACUGGUCGGCCACCAGCGCCCUUGUCUGGACGCAGGGCAAGAAGACCCUCCAUCAGGUGGACUGCCAGCACCCUGUGUACGGCCACUACGAUGAUGUGCUCACGGCCAUCGUCACACGGGCUCGCAAGAAAUACGGCCUCUAUAUGGACACCUUGGCAAUGAAUGGUGACGUCACAGAUGACAUUUCCCUCCGCAACCUGUGGACGUGGCUGGACGCUGCCAAGAGUCUGGCCACCAGUGGGAACUUUAAGCUGCCAGGAGGAGUUCCCUACAGGUACCAGGGAGUCUGGAGUCUCAUGACGGCCGACACCUUGUCUUCAGAUGUCAUGAACCGCCCCUGGAUUGGUCAUGAGGGUCAGAAGCAGCAGUUUGCCAAAGUGUUCAGGAGUGAGGAGCGCAGCCGUGCCCUGGAGCUGUGUUCCUGGGGCUUUGAGAACGAGGGUCUGCUGGGAAGCUUUCUUGCCCAGCUGGAGGCAGCCGGCAGCCACACCCGGGCUGCUGCAACAGCUGUGUUCAACCAACGUAUUAAACAAGCAGUUCAAAUCCUGCAACGCGGGGCUUCUAGCAACAAAAUGCCUGCACUUAAUUCAACUGCAAUGGCUCUUGCUGGUUUUCCUACAGGGUACACGGAGGAGCGGAAGGGCCUUUGGAGGGAGACCUGCGUCAACCUUCGGGCCCAGCUGACUGACCCUUACCUCCGCGCCAUGUUUGCCUUCCUCACCGAUGAUGCGGAUUCCUUUGACCCCGUGCUGGGCGAGACGGACAUGGCCAUCCAGGACCGCGUGGCCUUUGCCUGCACCUACCUGAGUGAUGUGCGUCUGGUGGACUACCUGGAGAAGCUGAACACACGGCUCACGGAGGAGGGGAACCUGGACGGCAUCUUGCUGACAGGUCUGUGCUCUGAGGGGAUAGACCUGCUGCAGCGUUACGUUGAUCUGACAGGUGACGUGCAGACAGUGGCGCUGGUCACCAUCCACACCCUGCAACACGCCAUCGCCAAGGACUCCCGGCUGGCCCACUGGGUGCAGAGCUACAGGAAUUUGCUAGACAGCCUGUGCCUGUGGAAUGAGCGAGCACAGCUGGACGUGAUCAUGAACGAGAACAAACAUGCGGAGCGGCCGCCACAACACAUCUACAUCACUUGUAACUUCUGCAAGAAGGGCAUCACUCCCUACAUCCAGGCUGCCGGCCGCCCCAGGAACCCCUACGCACGGUUUGGCACGGGCUCCUCUAGCAAGUCAAAGAUGCAAGCGUGUCCCAAUUGCCGGAAGCCGUUACCACGCUGCUCUCUGUGUCUGGUGCACAUGGGGACUCCAGCGGGCUGGGGAAACACUACCCAAAAGUCAUCUGCUCAGGAGGAGGGCGGGGAGGGGUCGGCCUCAGCCUCCACGCCCAGCAGCAAGAGGAAGCUGACGCACUUCUCUUCCUGGAUCACCUGGUGUCAGACUUGUCGUCACGGGGGACAUGCGCACCACCUCAUGGAGUGGUUCAAGGAACACACCGAGUGCCCGGUCACAACCUGCACCUGCAAGUGUAUGAGUCUGGACACAGUGAGUAAGGUGGCCUCGUCCUCAGUCAGUGUUGUGCCCAAGUGAAGUCAGCAGAUUAUGUGUAAUAUAUAAUUAUAACUUAAUGAGAGGCUGAGACAAUUAGGAUGCUGCACAUGUGAUGUAAUAAUUAAAAGAAAUAUAUUUGUAUUUUUUUGUCACUUAAGAAAACUUUCUUACCUUGCUCAAACUAAGUUUUAUUUCCCUUACAAAAAAGUAUUUACUUAUUGUUAAUAAAGAUCAAAGCUAU